AUGGGUGCGACUUCAUCAAUUAUUCACGUGAAAACUGCAAAAACAUGGAGAAAAUCAGUGGGGGUGAGAAGUUUACAUACUUCAGUAGCCUCUCAGAGACUACACGCAGGGGAUCUUUACUACGCUUAUUUAGUAGGUUUAUUUGAAGGUGAUGGGUUUUUUAGCGUCACAAAAAAAGGAAAAUAUUUAACAUAUGAAGUGGGUAUUGAAUUAUCCAUUAGAGAUGUACAAUUAAUAUAUAAGAUUAAAAAUUUUUUGGGUGUAGGUGUUAUAAGUUUCCGAAAAAGGAAAGAAGUUGAAAUGGUAUCUUUAAGAAUUAGAAAUAAAGAUCAUCUAAAAAAUUUUAUUUUACCUAUAUUUGAUAUAUAUCCUAUGUUUUCUAAUAAGCAGUAUGACUAUCUAAGAUUUAAGGAAGCAUUACUUUCAGGAAUCAUUUACUAUGAGGAUUUAGUACUUUAUUCUAGAAGCAUUGUACCUUUGAACACAGUUGAAACUAUUACUAAUGCAUCUUAUUUUUCUGCCUGGCUGGUUGGAUUCAUAGAAGCUGAAGGUUGUUUUAGUACAUAUAAAAAUAACGAUAGUUAUCCUAUAGCUUCUUUUGAUAUUAGUCAAACGAAUGGGGAUAUUAUAAUUUCUGCAAUAAAAAAAUACUUAUCUUUUACUACUGCUGUAUAUUUAGAUAAAACUAAUAAUUCUAAAUUGAAAGUUACAAGUGCAAGAUCUAUAGAAAAUGUAAUUAAAUUUUUAGCUAAAGCACCUGUAAAAUUAUUAGGUAAUAAAAGAUUACAAUAUUUAUUAUGA